GUUCAAUUCUCACACUCACUCUCCGCCUGCUCUUCAAACGCCACACUCCCAAAUCCAUAAGCAAAAUUCUCAACAUACAAAAACAAGAUUUCUUCCAGUUUCUCUUCAUCUUCUUCGAACUCUCUACUUUUCACUCAACUCACUCUUUCUGCACCCACAAAAAAGAAAGAACUUCGCUUAAACCCAAAAUUCAUCAUCAGCCUCUGCUCAAUCAUCAUCUCUGAAAGCAGAAUCAAUUAAAAAAUCGAUUUCUUCCCCCGAUUUCCCACUUUCUCAAAAAUUAGGGUAUCAUAUACCUUCACAGAUUCUACAUAAUCAAAUCAUGGCCAUGAAAGUUGGUGUUGGUGAAAUCGGUUUGACGAAUCAGAUGAUCGAUAAGAAUUUGUUGCCGGAAGAGAGAAUCGGAUGUCGUGAUGGUGGUGACAUGGUUGCGGGUGCUGGUACCAAAGAUGAAUGUGAAUUGGCUUUAACUCGACUACUACACAUAUCACUUGGAAUUCUUGAUGAAUUUGAAUAUAGGAAAUCAGGUAAAAUGGAUGAUGAUGGUUCUAGUCAUGGGGGAACCAGCACUGAUAUUGAUGUGUUUUUACCGAAGUAUAAACUUGGGAAGACUUUAGGAUUUGGUUCGUUUGGUAAAGUGAAAAGUGCAGAUCAUGCACUGACUGGACACCAAGUUGCUAUUAAAAUCUUUAAUCGGGAAAAAAUAAAGAACUCGAAACUGGAGGAAAAAGUUAGACGAGAAAUCAAAAUACUGACGUUGUUAAGGCACCCCCACAUUAUAAGAAUUUAUGAGGUCAUAGAGACCCCCAGUGACAUUUGUGUUGUAAUGGAGUGCGGGAAGUCUGGAGAACUGUUUGAUCACAUCAUCCAGAAGGGUAGGUUACAGGAUGAUGAAGCUCGAAAGUUUUUUCAGCAGAUUAUUUCCGGGGUGGAGUACUGCCACAAGAACAUGGUAGUUCAUCGAGAUCUUAAGCCUGAGAACGUGCUUUUGGAUUCAAAAUACAAUGUGAAAAUUGCUGAUUUUGGCUUGAGCAAUAUUAUCCGUGAUGGUCAGUUGUUAAAAACAAGUUGUGGAAGUCCAAACUAUGCUGCCCCCGAGGUGAUAUCUGGAAAACCAUACACUGGGCCUGAGGUAGAUAUCUGGAGCUGUGGUGUUACUUUGUAUGCCCUUCUAUGUGAAGCUCUACCCUUUGAUGAUACAAACAUGCCUAACCUGUUCAAAAAAAUAAAGGGUGGAAUUUAUACGUUACCGAGUCAUCUAUCAGAUGGAGCAAGGGAUUUGAUCCUGAGGAUGCUUGUGGUAGAUCCAAUGAAGCGAAUUACCAUUCCUGAGAUUCGUCAGCAUCCAUGGUUCCAAACUCAUCUUCCAAGCUAUUUAGCUGUUCCUCCACCAGACACAAUGGAACAGACAAAUAAGAUGGAUGAAGAAAUUCUUAUGAAAGUGAUUCAGAUGGGAUUUGACGGGAACCAAUUGAUUGAAUCUCUUGGCAACAAAGUUCAAAAUGAGGCAACCGUUGCAUACUAUAUGUUACUGGAUAACCGAUUUUGACCUACCAGAGGUGGCUAUCUUGGAGCUGAGUUUUAGGAAUCAAUGGUAUUUGUUAUGGAGCUCGAUGCAUUCCAAACAAAGUUGUAGAUUCUGAACAGGCAGAGGCAGUGAGGUGGGCAAUAGAGAAAGGAAUUUGUAAUCUACAUUUAGAGAGAGGGACUACAAAAAUGACAGGAAUGGACAAAGAGAUACAGUAUAGUGUUGUUCAAGAUAGCUUAGAACUUCUUAAUAACUCUGGACUCCUGGUUGUGCAGUUAUACACCAAGAGAUGCAAUUGUAUGGAAGAUAGGAAUGAUCCUUUACCGCAAUGAUAGAAAAUGAUACACAUGUCACCCUGAAAAUUAUGAACUAAUCCUAAAUAAUA